ACCGCACGUGCGUAGACCCAGAAGCCCGCUACACACCACGAGGCUCCAUUUCUCUCCUCCGCUCCCAAAUCCUCCGCCGGCAGCCGCCGCCGCCCCUUCUGCCGCCAUGCGCCGCAUAGUCCGAGCUCUCCGGCCGCUCCAAAAGCUAACCUCUCAUACCACCCAGUUUCCUCUCCCCGUCCACCGCCUCCUCUCCGCCUCUUCCUCCUCAUCCUCCUCCUCCGCCGCUGCCGCCUCCUCAUCCUCCUCCUCCGCCGCUGCCGCCUCCUCAUCCUCCUCCUCCGCCGCUGCCGCCUCCUCAGACUCCGACUCCGCCGCCCACGACGCUGAUUUUAACAGCGCUGACUUCUCCCUCCCACCUACGGACCCAUCCCCAGCCUCCGCCGCACCCGUCCGCAACCCCCUCUCCGCACUUUGUAAGGUCCGAUUCGACCCCUCCCUCCGCGCACGCGCCGACGAGGCGCUCUUCGGGGAGAAGAAUGCAGGGGUGGGAGUGGAGGACGCGGUGGAGGAAGAGCGGUCGCGGGAGGUGGCGUUCGCGCUGCUUGAGGCCGCCCUGGAGCCGCCCGACGAGGACGAGGAGGGGGGCCCCGAGGAGGUCAGGAAGGAGGAUCAGAUGUCGCUCUCCGUCGGGAUCGUCGGUGCGCCCAACGCCGGCAAGUCGUCGCUCACCAACACUGCUGUUGGCUCAAAAGUGGCUGCAGUCUCCCGCAAGACAAAUACAACAACUCAUGAAAUUUUGGGCGUGCUGACAGAAGGGAAAACUCAGAUAUGCUUUUUUGAUACCCCAGGUCUCAUGUUAGGGCACCAUGGGUUUCCUCAUAGGGAUGUCACCGUUCGUGUGGAGAGUGCCUGGAGCUCAGUUAACCUCUAUGAUUUACUAAUAGUAAUGUUUGAUGUCAAUAGGCAUCUGAAAAUGCCUGAUUCCCGAGUAAUAAAGUUAAUCAAACGAUUGGGUGCCGAGGUAAACCCAAACCAGAAACGUAUAUUAUGCAUGAAUAAGGUUGACCUAGUGGAUGACAAAAAAGACUUGCUGAAGGUUGCAAAGCAAUUUGAAGAUCUUCCUGGAUUUGAGCGGUACUUCAUGGUUUCUGGACUAAAAGGCAAAGGAGUGAAGGACCUUGUACAAUACUUGAUGGACCAGGCAGUGAGAAGACCUUGGGACGAGGAACCGGCGACAAUGACUGAAGAAGUAAUGAAAACCAUAUCAUUGGAGGUUGUGCGAGAGAAGAUGCUGGAUCAUAUUCACCAAGAAAUCCCAUAUGUAAUUGAGCAUCGGCUGAUGGAUUGGAAGGAGCUAAAAGACGGUUCUCUUAGGGUGGAACAACACUUCAUUGCACCAAAGCAAAGCCAACGGCAGAUCCUUGUUGGAAAAAAUGGCUCUAAGAUCGGGAGAAUCGGGAUUGAAGCCAAUGAAGAAUUGCGGUCCAUAUUCAAGAGAGAUGUCCAUCUGAUGCUCCAAGUUAGAGUUGCUAAGAAGAGGAGUUCUUGAAUAGAUCAGCAGAUCAUGAUUGUAGCGGCUGUAUAGAUAGCUGCUGGUAUGAGGUCUGCUCUGCGGUGCCGGUUCAGAGAUAUUCGAUUAUGUGAGCCUGUGCUUGUGUUGGUCGUGUUCAAUGAUACUGUGAGGGCUUCUCCACUUGAAUCAAGGACCUGUAUGCCUUAGCAUUCAAAUAUGAGUAGCGAUUUCCAGUUACAAGUUUGCUCGACAAUAUUGAGCAGGAUGUAAGCACAUAUAAGGACCAGUUGCAAAGAGGCGGGGUUAUUGUGAUUCUGUUUCAAAUAAGUUGUACCUUGUGUAAAAGACAAGCUUGUAAGGCUUGUCUUUUCUUUGUUAAAACAGUUUUGCUAAGUCUCAGUCGACUGAGAUUUCGUUAUGCCUCA